ACCGUUUGCGACCCGACCUUAAGCCCCAAGUCUCCUCCUGUACGUUUGCUUGUUUGGUGCCAGUAACAAGGUAGCGAACAAGGAGUAGAGAGCAACGAGAGCACGAUGAAGGAGUGGAAAUUGCUGGUGCCGGUGGUUCCUUUUGUUGUCCUUGCAACAUUCUUAAUAUUAGCUGUUGACUCUGAGUCGGACGGCGUUGGAGAAUGGCAGAUGCUCACCAAGCAAAACUUCUCUUCUCAGAUUCGACUCCACCCCCAUAUCCUCCUCUUCGUCACUCUUCCCUGGUCCGGUGAGUUUCGCUCCCUUAUGAAAGAAGUAUCACAUGUGGUUUCUGAUCGACAAGAGGAGUUUAGCUCGCUAAAGUUGAUGUUUAUGUAUAGAAAUAGGGAAAAGAUGUUGGCAGAUGCUGUCAGUGCUACCGAGGAAAUAACAAUUUUAUACUACCAACAUUCUAUAUCUUACAAAUAUCGAGGAAGAUACCGAGCACAAAAUAUAUUAUCCUCAAUCUAUCCCCAUAUGUUGCUUGUGCCUGAAGAACUUCCUCUCAAGUCCCUGAAGAGUCUAGAGGACUUGAAGAUGUUUAUUAGUUCAACUGACAAGGCUCUACUUCUCCUUGAAUUCUGUGGAUGGACCCCUAAAUUGCUGGCCAAGGAGAAGAAAAAUGGAACUGAGAGUGAUUCUGGUGCACAAGGCAUGAGCUUUAAUGAAUCACCGACUAACCAGAAGGUGGCUGGGGAUGAAAAAUGGAAGUGUGGUGUGGAAAAUGGGUUCAGUGAAGUUCCUUGGCUUGGGGAAUUUAGCUCAAGAAAUGGAAGUGCUCCUUUUGAGGAAAUUGAGAAUGUACACUCUAGCGCCUCUUCCUGUUCCUUAGAAGAAUUUCAGCAGUUUGAUUCUUUCUUCUCGAAGUUCAUGAUUGUUGCAAGAGAGCUCUUUCUGCCCCCUGAAAGACAUAGAUUUGGUCUGGUCUCAGAAAGAUCAAUGCUUUCAUCUCUUGGUCUCGAAGAUUCUGAUUCAUGGUUUGCAGUGCUUUACUUUGCUGGAUGUCCUACUUGUUUAAAGAUUAUUAGGAAAGCGGAUGACCUCAAUAAUGUUUUACACAUUGACAAUCCUGUUGUUAUGGAGCUGGAAGGAAAUAAGAAUGAUAUCGAGCCUGCUUUACCUGCAAAUAAGCCCUCAAUGCUUCUAUUUGUGGAUAGAUCUUCUAACUCAUCAGAAACUAGAGGUAGGGUUAAGGAAGCUCUUGAUGCAUUUAGAGAAUUGGCGCUGCACUAUCAUAUUUCAAAUCAGAUAAGCGAGCAAGAGAGGGAACAUUCAGAGAAACCUUCAGUCCAAGAUUAUCAAGCAUUGGGCAGUAAAGCGAAACAUCCGAGAUUAAAACUAUCUCCAACAGCUCGGAAGAUUAAAUUGAAGGAGAAGCUGUCCACUAUCAUGAUUUUAAAUGAUGAAAAACAUGUCACUUUGGAUAAAAUAGCUUCAAAUCUAGAAGACGGUUCCUUGCCUAAGAUCUUGGCACACCUUCUUCGACAAAAUAAAGAACUUAAAUUAAGCUCCCUUGUGAAGGAGUUGGGUUUCCAACUUUUAUCUGAUGAUAUUGACAUCAAGUCAGCAAAUACAUUGCCAUCACAGAGAGUUCAGCCUGAUCAAGUUUCACCUGUAGUUUUUAAGGAAGGUCUCGUCUCAAAUAGUGAUGAUUUGGACAAAGAUCAACACACAGAAAAAAGUGUAUCUGCUCAGGUGCAGGAGGGAAAUUCUAAACUCACCGAUGGUGAACCUUCUUCUCAAUAUAAUGAAGGGACGAAGGCUUAUGUUGAUAACAUUAAGCAAUUAAUAUCUGUUGAAGCUCACCAAUCUGUUACAGCUCUUAAAGAUGUAGUGGUCGAAGAGAAAAGACCUGAAGAUGUGGCUGUUGAAGAAAAUAAGUUUUCUCAUGCAGACAACUUAGGUGAACAACAGCUUCACUUUCGAAGUUUUGAGGGCUCUUUCUUCUUUUCUGAUGGUAACUACCGGUUACUUAGAGCUAUGACUGGUGGUUCAAAGAUUCCAUCUGUGGUAAUAAUUGAUCCAACUUUGCAGCAACAUUAUGUACUACCCCAAGAGUCAAAUUUCAGCUACUCUUCACUUGCUGAUUUUCUUAAUGAAUUUAUUAAUGGAAGUCUUCUUCCAUAUCAACGGUCCGAACCUGUUAUUCAAAGCCCUAGGGAGGCCACUCGUCCUCCAUUUGUAAACGUGGAUUUUCAUGAAAUGGAUUCUGUCCCUCGAGUUACCACACAUACAUUCUCUGAGCUGGUUCUUGGUUUUAACCAAUCUGACACCAAAAAUGCAGCCCAUGCCUGGAAUAAGGAUGUGUUGGUCCUUUUUAGCAAUAAUUGGUGUGGGUUUUGUCAAAGGAUGGAACUGGUUGUUCGCGAAGUAUAUCGGGCUGUGAAGGGCUACAUGAAUGCGUUAAUGGGUGGAUCAAGGGAUGUGGAAAAAUUGUUUAAUAGCGACAUUUUGAGGGAUGCCUUGGUGAAGCUUCCACUGAUCUAUUUAAUGGAUUGCACAUUGAACGAUUGCAGUUUCAUAUUAAAAUCAAUAGAUCAGGAUGAAGUUUAUCCUGCUCUGAUGUUAUUUCCAGCAGAAAGGAAGAAUACUGUCUUCUAUGACGGAGAUAUGGCAGUAGCUGAUGUAAUCAAGUUCAUAUGUGAUCAUGGAAGCAAUUCUCAACAUCUUAUGAGUGAUAAGGGAAUUCUACGGACCGUUGCUGAAAAGGGAGGCAAGAGUCCGGUUCUAUUUAAGUAUGCAUCUACAACUGAAAUUCAUGACAAAAUCACACUCGCAGAGGACAAAUACCAUGACAGCCUAUUAAAAGACAGGACGCCAAAAGGAGUCUUCAAGUACAUUCAAACCAAAUCUCAUACAUUGAAAGACUUGCACGAAACUGCCCCUCGUGUUGUAGCCGGUUCUGUCCUAAUUGCUACUGAAAAACUUCUCAGCAUACAACCAUUUGGUCAGUCUCUAGUUCUCAUUGUAAAAGCUGAUGAAAUUACUGGAUUUCAAGGUCUAAUUAUCAACAAGCCCAUCAGAUGGGACUCACUGAGUGAACUGGAAGAAGGGUUAGAAAUGCUAAAAGAAGCUCCUCUGUCCUUUGGGGGACCACUUAUGACACACGGAGCACCUCUUGUCGCCUUAACUCGAAGUGAUACUAAAAAUCAGUAUCCUGAAGUUCUACCAGGUGUUUACUUCAUUGAUCAAGUCGCCACAAUCCGUGAAAUUAAAGACUUCAAGUCAGGCAACCGAUCCAUUGCUGCCUAUUGGUUUUUCUUGGGCUACUCCAGCUGGGGUUGGGACCAGCUGUUUGAUGAGAUUGCUGAAGGGGCUUGGAAUGUCAGCGAUGAUGGUUUGAGCCAUUUAAAAUGGCCAUGAAGUUUUAACUAUUUAAUCAGCUGGAUUGCAUGGCUUCAAAUAUGAUAGAACCUUUGGGUAACUUUAACAGGGACUUCAAAACAGCGGACGAUCACUGAAGUAUGGUUACACAGAAGAGCGUGGCACACAUUAAUUAGAAGUUGAUAUGUUUAUAAUAUUAUUAGUUUUUUGUGCACGAUAAUUUGUAAAUGCAAUACUGUUAGUUUUAUUUCUACUAAAAUGAGUUACCUAGCUGUAAGUAAUUCCAUCAAGAUUUUCAUGCUUGGGAUUUUAAUUUUUGGGUCAGUUUAUUUUAUGAUUGAACAUAGUUGGUUUGUUGAAUUUA